AAUAUUUAUAUUUAUGUAAACUCUUCUCAAAAGUUAUUCAUAAUUGUGGGUAAAUCAAAUGAAAUAUGGAUUCAGGCAGUACUAUACUUAUUUUUAAUGUAUUAGUGUAUCAAUAUGCAGCAAAACAAACAGUAGACAUAAAUAUUAUGCUACAAAACCUUAAUAAUUUUACAGGUUUUAUGAAAUGAGAAAAAAAUUUGAUUUCAAGAAUGAUGAUUUGACUUUCCCAAUAAAUAUUCCAUUAAAAUAGAGGUACUUAUAAGGAUGAUAAAAUAAAGAUAUGCAUAUCGUCCAUAAAGACAAUUUAAGAAAGCCACUCCAUAAAAUGAUUAUCUUAAUACAGAAAUUAUGAGUGGCAAUGAAAUUCUUUUAUAUUUAGAAUAAUUGGACAAUCUUAGAAUUAAUGAGAUUUUGAAUAGUCUUGAGAGAUUGCAUAAAUUUAAUAAAGGAUGUAUGAAUAUAUAAAAUAUUAGAAUUUAAUCUUAUUGAACAUCCUUGGGUUAAAGCUGCUUUAGAUAAGGCAUUUGUUGAACAUCAUCAUGUUACUAAAACUCAGUUUAUAUAAUUACUAAAUAUAUAUAGUAAUUAUGGUAUUGAAACACAAGAAGUUUGGGGAAAGUUUGAAGAAAGAAUGCUUAGGUAAUUACAAUUAAAUAUUGAUUAAAUAGAAUCUUGCCAAACAUUCCUGCAAAAUUAUUUGGUGAAUGUGUUAGAUUAUUUAUGGAAAAAUCAGAAAGAUCAUCUGAUGAAUUUAAAAAAUAAAUGAGUCUAGUUAUUCCAGUUCAUUUACAUAAAAUGUCUCCAUAAGCAAUUGCAAAAGCAUUUGAAAUGGUUUACAAAUAUAAUUUAAUGACUGAUUACUUAUUCUUUGAUCAUUUACACUUUAUCUUAAGAAAAAGAUUUAAAUGGUUUAUAAUGGAAAGAGCUUGUCCACUUAUGUUGAGACUCUUAAGAGAAGCUAAUUUUGAAGUAAUUAAAUUUUCUUCAUUUAUAGACAUGUGAAUUUUUGUGGCCUGAGGUUUAUAAGUAACUUGAUGCUGAAUUAGAUAGAAUUCCAAAAGAUUAAUGUGCACCUAUUAGAGAUGAAUUAGUCAAAAUUGGUGAGGCUUUUCCUAGUCAUUCACAAUAUAAUAAUAUUAUUAUAGCCAAAAAAAUAGGUGCUAGGGCUACUUGGGAAGCUACUCUUGGAGGAUAAGCCAGAAGAUUAAGCUUAGUAGAAAUUGUGAAAAAUGAUAUCCUUUAUUUUAAAGAAAAGCAAAAAAUAUUUAGAAGUUAAACUUAACAGAGUCCUUGA